AUGGCCGUUAAGAUAGACACGGCAAAGGCAGGUGAUCUUGGCUGCUUCCUGGAGGCGGGUGGUGAAGAUGGAUUGUUUUGUCAAUCUACUCUCAUGGCAGAAGCCUUGGCCAUUCGGGAGGCAAUAAACGCCAGCUGGACAGUAGGUUUUAAGGAAAUAGUAAUUGAGUCAGACUCAAAGGAGAUCAUUACUAUGUUAGGAAGGAGAAGGUAG